GUAGGUGAUCCCGCCGAGAUGGUGCGCUAUUCGCUGGACCCCGAAAACCCGACCAAAUCAUGCAAGUCCAGAGGCUCGAACCUUCGCGUUCAUUUCAAGAACACUCGGGAAACGGCUCAGGCCAUCAAAGGCAUGCAUAUCCGAAAAGCCACUAAGUAUUUGAAAGACGUCACCCUGCAAAAGCAGUGUGUGCCCUUCCGGCGUUACAAUGGUGGUGUUGGCAGGUGUGCCCAGGCCAAACAGUGGGGUUGGACACAGGGUCGUUGGCCCAAAAAAAGUGCUGAAUUUUUACUGCACAUGCUUAAAAAUGCAGAGAGCAAUGCUGAACUUAAGGGUUUAGAUGUUGAUUCCCUGGUCAUCGAGCAUAUUCAGGUGAACAAAGCACCCAAGAUGCGCCGCAGGACUUACAGGGCUCAUGGGCGUAUUAACCCAUACAUGAGUUCUCCCUGCCACAUUGAGAUGAUUCUGACUGAGAAAGAGCAGAUAGUUCCUAAACCUGAAGAGGAAGUUGCACAGAAGAAAAAGAUCUCACAGAAGAAACUGAAGAAGCAAAAACUGAUGGCACGGGAAUAAACUAAGCAUAAAAUAAAUGGAUCUAACUAAACUGUUUGCUGUA